AAAUAUAAAAACGAAUAAUAUUUUUAAAGAGUUUCUUGCCUUUAUUUUGUAUUCAUCUCUUAUAGCUUCCAAAUUUCCAAUAAGCAAGGAACCAGUUAUCGAACCAGUUGUUGUCUAGGCCCCGAUUUUGGCAUAGCAGCUGGGCACGUCACUAGUUUACCGUUUUGUUAUUGUUGCACUGCCGACGAAUCGAAUACGAAAAUCAUGAGCGCCCUGUUCAACUUCCAGAGCCUGCUGUCGGUCAUCCUGCUGCUGAUCUGCACCUGUGCCUACCUGCGCUCCCUCUUCCCCAGCAUCAUAGACCGCAACAAGACGGGUUUCCUGGGCACCUUCUGGAAGCUGGCGAGGAUCGGGGAACGCAAGUCGCCCUGGGUGGGAGCCGCCUGCCUGAUCAUGGCCUUCACCGUUCUCUUCUGGAGCUGAAGAUCGUAGAUUAAAGAAAUAUCCCAUAUCCUAUUCCAAACUCUCUUAAGAACUGUAAAUACAAGCUGCGUUGUGCAGCACUGGCCCGGA